AUGGGUUCUCUGUUUAUCAUCUUAAUCUCACAUGAUCGUGAGCUCUCUGUAUUAUGGCAGUGUUGCAGUCUAAUAAAUCGUUUUCCUUUUGUUCUUUGUGCAGCGGAUGCCAGUCACAGGCUCAAUCUCUUCUACCUCGCUAACGAUGUCAUUCAGAACUGCAAAAGGAAGAACGCUGUCAUUUACCGAACCACCUUCGCUGAGGUGCUGCCUGACGCCGCCCUGCUGGUCAAGGAUGCUAAAGUGUGUAAGUCAGUGGACAGGAUCUUCAGUAUUUGGCAGGAGAGGAACGUUUAUCCUGAGGAGCUGAUCUCUGAGCUGAAGGCCAGUCUGCAGAAGAAAGAGAAGAAGGAGAAAGUGAAAGAGAAACAGCCUUCUCCUGCCCCAGUCAACCCCAAAACUGCUCUGAAGUCUAAAAUUGUUGCAGAGUUUGUACCGCAUGAUUUUGUAGAGCGGUUAAUGUCUUACAAGAACUCUCUGGACGAGAGUGAUUUAAGAGAGAAGCAGCUAGCUGCUCUCAGAGUAGACGUCUGCAGCACCGAGGCCCUCAAAAGGUUCAAAGAUAAAGCAGGAGGGAAUAAGUUCUCAGAGGACUUUGAGGAGGGAAGCACAAAGCUGCAGGAAUUUGUGACGUUCCUGGAGGGCCAGAUAACAGCAGGACCCCCGCUGCUGGAGGCGCUGGGAAAUGCAGACAUCUUUUACCAGAUGCAAUACAAAGAGGUCAAAAUUGUUGCCAAUGCGUAUAAAGCUUUCGCCAAUCGCGUCAGUAGCCUGAAGCGUAAGCUGGACGCUCUGAAGGCCACAUUGCCCGGUCUGGAUGACUCUCCCAUCCCUUCCCCCUCUGAGGACGCCCCGUCUCCCACCGGCUCAGAGUCGCCCUUCCAUAGCAUGAGCUCCAGGAGCGGAUUGGGUAGUGGGGAUGGAAACGGGGGGAGUGGUUUGGAGCAACAGAAGGACAACAGAGACACAGAGGACAUGGACAUGUCUGAGGAAGAGGAAACGACAGCAAAUGCUGGAAACGUUGUUGAUGAGAGAACAGAGAAGUCAAGUCUUCCAUCUGUGGCCAAGAUUACAAAUGCUACAGCAACAAAAAGCUCUCAGAUCACUGCUUCUAGACCAUCCCAGAUUUUAGCAACUCCGACAAACACGGUGGCUGUGUCAUCGACCAAUCAAACGCCUCCAGCAAACACCACACCUAUUACGACCACACCUGUACCUGCCCCUGUCGUUAGCCCCUCCCCUCUACAGGUGAACUUGGCCAAUGUGGAUCUGGGCAAGAUCAGCUCCAUUCUGAGCUCGCUCUCCAAUGCAAUGAAGACCACCGGCGUUAGUCCUGUGUCCCGUCUUUCCCCUGGCACAUCUACUACACCAUCCAGCCAUGCCUCCUCCUCCAAAGCCCAUCCUUUGACCCCUGGCAGCAUUCCCUCAUCAAAUCCUCUGGCUAGCAUCUUGUCUAAAGUGGAUUUCUCCCCCGGGAACAUCCUGAAUGUUCUCACAAAAACACAAACUCACAGCCCCAACCUGCAGGGUUUGUCUUCUCUCCUUUCAUCAGCUCGUUCAGGCGCUCUCACCACUCCAGACCCUGUUCCGUCUUCAUCUGCCUCUUCUUCAUCUUCAGCUGUCACCACAGCUGCAGCAACCUCCACCACAACAACCCCAACCACUCAGAAGGCCCUAAAGCCCACAGGCAACAAUUUCAAGCGAGAGUCUGAGCGAGAGAAAGGGAGAGAGUGGGAGAAGGUAAAAGAGAGGGAAAGAGAAAAAGAAAGGGAACGAGUUAAAGAGAGAAAGAAAGAAGGUGAGACCGAGGCUGUGGUAGUGCCCAGCCUGGAGUCUAAGAUCAACAGUUUCCUCCAGGGAAAUCCUGGUUUCAGUGCUCUCGGACUUGGCUUGGAUGAGGUGGGCAGCAAUAGCCCUCUCCUUGUCGGUGGGGAUAACCUGGAUGGAACCCCUGUCCGAGAUGAGAGCGGUAGCACACCCACCCAAGAUGAAAUUAUGGACUCGCCCUAUGUACUCGGUGAACCCCAGAGUGCAGGUCUGUCUGGAGGUCAUAACCUUUCACCUACAGCCUAUCACAGUGACCCCUGGGAUGCCGUGAUCACUCCACGAGAGGCUCUGGGAGAAAACGAGCGGAAAGACCGGGAUUACCGCACACCACCACCCUCACGACUUGCCACCUUUAGCCCAAGUGCGACUAAACCGGUCAAGGCCGUGACUAAAACCAAAGAGGAGGAAGGGUUGAAGAGAAAAGUACCGGGUUUGAAUGUUCCAUCAGCUGCCAUAGUGCAGGAUCAGAAGUUAAAGGCAAAGAUGGACGGAGAUGGAGAGAAAAAAGCAUCCUCCCGAAAGCCAAGUGUAGGAUCUGACAAUGGGACGAAAGACAAGGAAAGGAAAGCUUCAGCUGGCAAUGGAGACCACUACCAUCGCAUUGAGACUCUUGUUUCUUCAUCCUCCAGUGAGGGAGCACCAAUUGAAACCCUUGAUUAUGGCAACCGCAUCCAAACUGUGGAAAGCAUCCGCGUGGUUGAGAGAGUCCUGAGAAGAGGGAGCAGUGCGGGUUCUAGAGUGGGCGGGGCCUGGUAUGAAGAGGAGGAGUUUAUGGAAGCCCCGCCUCCACAUCACCCUGCUAGUCGUAGCCAUGAGAGUUCUGAGGAGUUGGGAUUGGUCCCUCCUCUUCCUCUUCCCCACCCUCCUCCUCUUCCUGCUCACCUUCCGCCCCCUUUGCAGUAUCCACCUCCACCCUAUCCAAACGAAGACCCCAUACGACCUUCUCAUGGCAUUCCUCAGCACCAUCCUCCCCCUCCGUUUUUUCCCUCUUCCAUUCCUCCCAUCCCUCAAACCCCUCCUCCUUCCAGAGACUUCCUCCUUUCCUCAAACUCCACCGUUAUGGUUGGUGGUGUCCUUGUACCUAUAGACCGAGUCCUACCCUAUCCACCUGCCAACUUCCAUCCUGAUGGAGCGGGGCAUGGAGGUAGCGGUGGUAGUGCCCCUCCCAGAGGCGGCAAACCCCAACUCCCUUCCUUGUUAGGAGAUCCCCCUCGCCCAGGCACGGUGAAAGAGCAGUUCGUCUUGCGCCACAACCCACCUCUUCACCGUCCUGGCACCCCGGGAGUUCCUCCACCCCUCCUGGGCAGAAUUCGAGAAGGCCCCAGUCCCACACCACCAUCACCCUCUACCCCAACCACACCUACUCCUCCAUCCCCAGCUGGGGAACCCCAUCCUCAUUUGUCUGUCCCCAACCACCUACCCCUCCACACCCCAAAUCAGAGACCCCGCCGCCCUUCCUCCCCUCUGCCCCUCCUCCAAUUCCCAAACCAGCAUCACGUGCGUCGUUCCCCACAGUUUCCCAGAGGUUCCUUGCCCCUUAACAGUGAACCCCUUCUACCUGGGACAAAGCGUCCUGCUGCUGGUUUUGGCAGUGGGCCUUUCAACCCACCCAAAAGACAGUUUCUGCCCCCUCGAUAUUAGCAUCUCAGAAUGCUCUCUGUACAACGUGAAAUAGGAAGUGUAGCAAGUUGCAUCACCUGCUAAUCUCAGCGUGAGAGUUAUACCGCAUGUAAAAAUACACAUGCACCGAUACGCCCUGCCCCAUGUUACAGCACUACUCCUCUCAGUGAAAGAAGUUUUCAGAUACCCUAAAGAUGAACUAGGAGGAGGAGAAUGUGGAGAUCCAGAAACAUCCAUGGAAUAUGAAAGAAGGCAAAAGGUGGUUAUGCUGUUCGAUUGGUGUAAUAUGAGAGAGUGGUUGUGGAGAGUGGUUGUGGUGUGUGUGUGUCUGUGUGUGGGCUAUGGAUGACUUGUAAGUAGAUAUGCUGACUAUCUCUUUCCUUCCAGUAACUGUUCCUUCACUUCUCCACCUUAUAGCACUUGCUUUUCUUUUCUUUGAUGUAAAAUACUUAUGCUGUUGAGGAGUUACAGAUUACAGGGGGGGGGGUAAAACUGUUAUUCUUUCACUUUGUGUGCAAAGCCAGUGGAUUUCAACUUUUAUUCCUGAGUGAUUAAAUUAUUGGCAAAGAUGUAAUGCUGGGCAACCAUAAUGGCUUGUAGUGAUAAAACAUAUAUAGCUACUUUAUCAACUUUCACCAAGAUGUGAAGAUUUAGGCUCACACUGUGUACAGUAUAAGCUAACCAAGUGUUAAAGGCAUAACUACUCGGUAGUGCUUUUCAAGAGUUCCUUUGUGGGGUUUUUUUCUUGAUAGAGUUCUUACAUGUGUUCUGAUUAAUAAAAGCGUUGUGACAAGAAAUAUUAUUGAAAGGAAGGAGACUUUUUUUACAGGUGGUCUCAUACUUUGUUCAAGAACAAAUGUACCUGGAUUAUUUUCUGUCAUUUUGUUUUUACUUAACAGCAAUUCUGUUCUCUCCUGUAAGUCUUCUAACUCCAUGAUGUCCAACACGUUUACAGGAAUGCGCAGAGCUUGAAUACACCGCUCUGAAUACGAUGUCCAAAUGAUAGUUGAGGAAAGAAUUAGUUUGGUUUCAUUACUUUUGGUUUUCCAUUGUAUCUGUUAAUCUUUAAAGUCAGUUCUUCAUCUUUAGGAUGUAAGAUAAUGACAAUGAAUUGUGUUCUACACAAGCCACACUUUCAUGCAUUGUUCGUAAAACGAAAGCAAACAGUACAUCUUUUCACACCAAUGUUGAUGCACUGCUUUUCAUCAAAAUGUCUGUCAAUUUAAAUGUGAAUAUAACAUGUACAUCGUUGUAGUUCUCAUGCAUUGUGUAAACAGUUGAAAUCGUUCUUCAAGUGCUGACGUUGAAUAUUUGAGGAGUGUGGUUUGGUGUCUUCUUUUGCAUUCAUUGCCAGGAGUAUUUCAGAGAGCCCACACAUUUAUAUAUAACAAUAUUUGUGAUGGCAGCCUUGUUGCACAUCAGCAUGUUAUGCACAAACAAUGAAACUUCGAAUGCGUAAAUGCAGUGAGUCUUCAGCUGUGACAGAAAAGUGAAAUUGUAAAUCGCUUCUUCAGUUAAAUCAGCUUCUAUACAUUUUAUACCAGCUGCAUCGCAACAGAGUUACUUCCCAAUCUUGCUGUAAAAGCUGGUCUCAUUCAGUCAUAUCAAAGGUACAGAUAGCUGUCUGGUUGAACAAGUUAAACUAGUAUACUGUACUAUUCUCAAAAAAACUAAUCCUUGUAGUGCCUAAUUGUUCUGCAACAACCUUCAGACGUUCCUCACAACAGCUGCCAUAAUGACUUCUCUCAGAAGUCCAAUCAGGUUUCUUUGCAAACAGAGUUUGUUCUCUAUUGAUUAUUGCAGACUUGAGUUUUGUGGCCCUACAGUAAUGAUAUUGAUGAUUGAUGGUAAGCUCUGUUUUAAGAAACUAAACAAACAGCACAUUUAAACUUUUUUUAUUUUGCA